AUGGCUGAAAGUCUGAUGGACCAUCUUCAAUGUCCCACCUGUCUGGACGUCUUCAAAGAUCCUGUCAUUCUGCCGUGCAGUCACAAUUUCUGCCGUGCGUGUCUGCAGCAGUGGAAGGACAAAGGAGAAAGAUGGUGUCCACUCUGUAGGACAGAAAUGCCGUCGCUGGAUGCCCCUCUGAACCUGGCACUGAAGAAUCUGUGUGAAAACUUUUCAGGAGCCUCAGUCAAGUCAGAGGACAUCUGCAGCUUGCACCAGGAGGAACUCAAACUCUUCUGUUUGGACCACCAGGAGCUUGUGUGCCAUAUUUGUACAAAUGCGGAAAUCCACGUUGGCCACAAGAUCCGGCCCCUCGAAGAAGUAGUGAAAGGGCACCAUGAGGACUUCCAGAAAGGCUUGCAAAAUGCCAAGGAAAGACUCAGAGAUUACGAAAACUGUUUAGAGAACCGCAAUGAACAGGCAGAGUACAUCAAAGUCCAGAGGAAGAAAGUCGAACACAAAAUUAGGAAGGAUUUUGAGGAGCUCCGUCGCCUCCUCGACGUCGAAGAGGAGGCCAGGUUGGCUGCGGUCAGGGAGGAAGAGAAGAAGAAGAGUCGGACCCUGACGGAGAAGAUCUUGGCUCUUGACGGACAAAUGACCGCACUCAUGGAUGCCAUCAGUAGCACAGAGGGGCAGCUGGCGUCUAGCAACUUUUCCUUCAUGAAGAACUUCAAGACUGCAAUGAGUAGGAUCCAAGAGCUGCCCGAUAAACCAGAGCUGAUCGGAGGAGGUCUGCUGGACGAAGCCAAACAUGUGGGCAACCUCAAAUUUAAGGUGUGGGAGCGGAUGAAGGAGACGCUCGCCUACAGUCCCGUCAUUCUGGACCCCAACACGGCCCAUCCAAGAAUCAGUCUGUCAGAAGAUAUGACCAGUCUGACUUUAAAAGAAGCAGAGCAACAGUGUCCAAACAAUCCAGAGAGGUUCAAGGAGGAGAAGUAUGUGGUGGGUUUAUCUUUGGACUCGGGAAGAUUCGUGUGGGACGUUGAGGUGGGAGACAACAAUGCCUGGCAAGUGGGUGUCAUGUGGAUGGACCCUUGUUUGCCAGAUAAAAUGGGUGGUUGGUAUACUGGAUUUUGGGAUGGAAAAUACAAAAAGCCCGAUGCCGCAUAUGGAGUAUGGAAUCCGCCUGUCAAAGUGCAGAGGAUCCGAGUUGAAUUGGACAUAGAUGAAAGGGCGGUGUGCUUCUCUGAACCUCCUACAAACACCAUAUUGUGGAAAGGUCACCACACAGGUCCCCCUAGAAUUCACCCACACAGGAUGCCAGGCGCAACCCAAAUCAACAGAACGGAACGGUCGGGUCGCGCGGCUGGGGCGUCCGUGGAAGCGGCUGUCCAGGAUGCCAGAUGGCGAAUGACCAAGCGCGACGAUCUGGAGGACGUCCAGGACGAGGAGCGCGUCGUGCAGCACCGCCCAGGCGUGGUCAGAGAAGCGGACGCCGAGAGAGGCGGCACGCGUUGCUCAGCUGCGGUCAAGUAUGAGGUCGAGACGUGCGACGAGCAGUACCACCCAGUCGAGGCUGCAGACGAGGGCGAUGGGCGCGGCGGAGCUAGGGAAACGCCGGAGUCGGAGCGACUUCAAUGUUGUCCAAAGGCAGUGGACGAGGAGAGACGUCAGGGGCGGCGUUCGCAGGCGCUGGCAGAGGAGCGACCUCGGAGACUUCCAGAGGCGCAGGUGCUGGAGCGACGUCAGCAGCGGCCAGAGACGCCGGCACAGGAAUGA